CCAAAACAGUAUAUUCGCGAUGCAAAUAAUUCGUUUGAAUUUUAUGAGGAAUCGGAAUUCAAGAGACGGUUCAGAUUCUCUAAAACAUCUGUUUUACACAGUAUAUUACCCAAAAUUGAACGGUACCUGAUGAAACAUAAUAAUUGUGGGUUACCCAUUGCUGCAGCUAUACAAUUAUUAGUCUGCCUAAGGUUUUAUGCAAGUGCAAGUUACAUAUCAGUGUAUGUAAAAUUGCAGAUGCUUGUUGAUGAUACGCUAGGAUUGUCACCGGCAACAGUAUCUCGAAUUAUUUUUCGUGUAUCAUUCCUGUUGGCUAGCUGUAUCAAUGAAUACAUAAAAAUGCCCACUACAGAUGAAAGACGGAACGAAAAUAAUCAAUUGUUCAAAAUGUUAGGAUAUGGUAACGGAGCUAUUGGGUUAUCCGGAAUUGAGGACGCAAUUGAUUGUACACAUACACGUCUAGUACAUACACGAUUUAAUGGGCUAAUCGAAGUACACUUAUAACGAGUCUAUACUGUAUAUAGAAACAGAAAAGGCUACUUUUCUUUAAAUGUGCAAACUGUUGUUGGCCCGAGGAUGGAGUUUCUUGAUAUUGUACCGGAGUAUCCUGGCAGUCAACGUGAUAGCCGGAUUUUUCAAAAUUCUAAGAUAUAUAUGCUGUAUAUGAAGGGCAAACUAUCAGGAAAACUGAUUGGCGAUCCGGGUUAUCCGAGCCUACUAUUUUUAUUAGCGCCGAUUGGAAAUCCUGAGACAGAGGAGGAAACACAAUACAAUGCUAUUCAGGAAAGAACCAGACUAAUUGUCGAACGUACAUACAGCGUAUGGAAACGCAGAUUUCCCUGCUUAUCAAGAGGAUUGUCCACAAAAUUGUUGUGCUCCACAACGAUUGUGGUAGCAUGCGCGGUAUUACACAAUCUUGCACUAAUAAUGCAGGACAACCUUUCGGAGGAUGAAGACGAUGCUGUCAAUCGUGACGAAAUUUCAAUAAUGCCGCCGGAUUGGCAGCCUGGUGAAGGAUUUGCUGUAAGACAAGCACUUAUUCAGCGAUUAUUCCGUUGA